UUAGACACUUCAAUUGCCAAUGUUGGUAAUUUUCCAUUUUUAGAACUUCGGUGGUUAUGGGCCCUGUUAGAACACGCCGACUUGGCUAUGGCUUCGGCGACCGAUCGACUGAUUAGGUAGGUAUUUACUCGGUCGGGCUAAGAGGCUCAGCGGCUUAUUAAAUGAUGCUAUAAUUUUGGAUAUACUUUCAUCCUUCGCAUAUACACGUGCGAGUCUGGAACCGAAGCUCACUAAGUAUAGCUUGGCCAACUAAAACGACGUAAUGGCAACCCUGAAUGUUGCAAUUGUUGGAGCUGGCCCGGCCGGUCUCACGUUGGCGAAGCUGCUACAACGUGCGUCUAUUAAAUGUAACGUCUUCGAAAGAGAUGUCGACCGGCAUGCGAAGAAUCGCGGGGGCUGCUUGGACCUCCAUGCGGACUCCGGGCAGCUGGCCUUAAAAGAGGCCGGCUUACUCGAAGAGUUCAAGAAGCUGGCCAGACCGGAGGGCGAGACUCUACGGAUAUUCUCGUCCGACGGUACGGUGCUCAUGGACGAGAGUAGAGGCGAACCCGGUCGUCCCGGAGAGUUCGCCGACCGCCCCGAGAUCGACCGUACGCAGUUGCGCGACCUGAUCCUGGAUUCGCUCUCGCCCGAGACUGUGCAUUUUGACUCCAAACUUGUCAAAAUCCACACUCAGGAGAACUCCAAGUUAACCUUGGUUUUCGACAAUCAUGAAGAAACCGACUUCGACCUCGUCGUCGGUGCUGACGGGGCCUGGUCUAAGGUCCGACCGAGCAUCAGCGAUACCGAGCCUUUCUACUCGGGCAUCGCAGGCCUAGACUGUCGCAUCCCAGACGUGGACGCUAAGCAUCCGAAGUUAUCCGCGCACGUGGGACAAGGAAUGUGUCUUAAUUUGGGGUCGAACAAGGGGCUCAUGUGCCAGCGUAACGGCGACGGCACAGUUCAGCUCUACGCCUUCGCCCGUGUACCAGUCGACUGGUUCUCGGCGUCCGGGAUCGACCCCACCCAUCCAGAUGCUCGGAGACAAGUUGUCGAUGCGCUUUACCCUGAAUAUUCCGACCUGCAGAAGGCACUAGUACUAGACAGUGAUCCGGAUACUGUAGGACGGCAACUCUAUAUGCUUCCCGUUGGUUUCCAGUGGUCACACAAUCCAAGGAUCACACUUAUUGGAGACGCGGCACAUUUAAUGAACCCGUUCGCAGGAGUCGGCGUCAACGUAGCCAUGAAAGACUCAUUGGAACUUGCACAUGCCAUAAUCGGGGAGGGCACCGAACAAGAUUCAUCACCAUUGAGCGAGCGCCUUGCCAAGUUCGAGGUUGACAUGUGGGCGCGUGCAAAGAAGAAUGCAGAAGCUACAGUGAUGUACCAGGACCUGUUCUUCCACGAACGCGGCGGCAUCGCCAUGGUGGAGCACUUUGCGAAGAGACGAGAAGAAGAACAAAAGUCACAAUCGAAGGAAGCGAAGAGUACCUAAUUAAUUGUAAAUGUCACGGAUUUAAUGCAAAUUGUAUAUACACUUCAUUGGAGGAAUUCAUAUCAUCUGUGUAGGACAAUUGAUUUCUUCUUCUUUUCUUCUUCCCAUUUCGACCCGUGAAUACCGACCGAUGGAUGAGGCCGAGCCAAGACUAAAAGCUACCGAUCGGUAACUCCGAGGAACCGGAAGGAUGAUAGACACACCAAUACUAUUACGUUACGCC